UAGUUUCACAAUUACAAUAUCUUUAAUCGUAUAGUGUAGCACUACAGCCAUGGUUUAUAGAUUUAAGUCUAUAAUCUACAAACCUUACAGUGUAGCGUCGAUUGGAUCCAUAGUAAUUUCAAUUAUAGAUAAUAUAUUAUCCUUGAGUUUACUUAUUAAUUAGGUACUGAUAAAGAAGUCAGAAUUACGCUUAACGUCGAGUGUACAGUAAAAUCGAUAUCAACCUUACAUUACAGAUUACAUUAAAUUUGGCUACAUACUACAUAAUAUAUUUCUUGUUAAAUUUGUUUGAUUAACUAUCCGUUGAUUGGUUAUUCAUUGUAAAUCAUUAAAAUAAAAGUUUUCAUUGCUAAUAGUUCCAACGCGAAAAGGAUUUGAUAAUGUUUCCAACACACAAACUACAUUGGAAAAAAAAUGGUUCAAUAGAAGAACUAUGGUAAAUCAAUUAGUUUGAAAAAAAAUUAAUUAUUACCAUCAAAUAUGAAUAGCCAAACAGCAUCAGUGUACGACCCAUCUACGGCAAUGGUGCAGCCAUCGUACAACCAGUCAAACCAACCAGUUCUUUACUCUCAAAAUUAUUAUAAUAAUGGAUAUAAUAUGCAGCAAGUUUCCAGUAUUAAUACUAGUACUUAUUAUAAUAGUACUCCUGUAACUACAUUCUCAUAUAACAAUGUAAAUGAACUUUAUAAUAAUGGUUAUAUGGCAUCAACAAAUAUUCCUCAAUGUAUUAUCACACCUACAAAUACUUUCAAUACCAGUUUAAACAAUUUUACACAACCUUCUACAUCUUAUUCAUAUAACAAUAUACAAAUGUCUCAACAACUGAAUGCAAAUGUAUAUUAUAGUAAUGAAUCAUCCGAUAUAAAAAAUAAACAAUUUAGUAGUGAAUAUACCCAACCUAAUGAGGUUCACACCAGUUUACCAUAUAAUAAUUUAAAGUCAUCUAAAAGUGGACAAGAUAUAAAAAAAGAACCUAAAGAAAUUGAUGAUUGGUUUAAUUUAACUAAUAAAUUUUUGAAUACUUCAGUGAAUAACAAUAGUCGAAAACAUUCAUCAACAACAAGUAGUACUUACAGUGAUUCAAAACAUUCUACUCGUUCUCCGUCUCCUAGACAUCGAUCUUAUAGUAGAAGUAGUAGUCGAAGAAGUACAAAAUCAAGUAACGAAAUGAAAAGUAAAAUGAUGGAAAUGAAAAAGUUGUCUACUAUGUCCAUUGAACAAAUUAUGGAUAUUGAAAAAAAAAAGUGGUAUGAAACAGUGCCUUCAAACCUAUAUCUUAAAAAACCUGGUGAUGAUUCAAAAGUUUAUGGAAAUGAAGAAGUAAUCAAAGUAUGUGAUGAAUUUGAAAAAGAAUUAGUUAACCGUGUUACAGAGCUAAAUAAAUCGAAACCCGUUUAUAAUAAACCCCGCAAUAGUAAUGUAAAAGUUCACAAACAUAAAUGUUCAAGAAGCUAUUGUCCAGAUGAUGAAUCUAGUUCAUGCGAGGAUGAAGAAGAUAAAAAUGAUUUUUCUACAUUAAAAGAGCUGGAUAGAAAAAGUGCUCAUCCAGAUAGACUCCACCCAGAACUAUGGUUUAAUGAACUUGGAGAAAUGAAUGAUGGUCCAAUGUGUAAGUGUAGUAUAAAAUCACAGAGAUCUGGUAUACGGCAUAAUAUCUAUGUUGGAGAAGGACCUUUUGAACCUUGUUUACCAAAUUCAAAUAAUGGGCACAAAUUAUUUCAUUAUAGAAUUACUAUAGCACCUCCAACAAACUUUUUACUCAAGUGCCCUACAGUAAUUGAAUGUGAUAAAAAAAAAUAUGUUUUUGAAGGUUUUUCAUUACUAUCACAUUAUCCAGUUGCUAUUUUACCUACAUGCAAAGUUAUCCGGUUUAAUACUAAUUAUGCUAUAUUAUACACCCAAGAAAAAAUACCAAAUAAUUUUAUCUGUAGAGAACUACAACUAUUUUAUGAUUAUUUAUUUAGAGACAUUUUGGAAUUAGUUGACUUAGACUUACAUGCCAUAGGUAAUAAAACUGGAUGUCCUCAAUUUCAUUUUAUGCCUCGCUUUACAAGACAAUUACAGAAUAACGGUAGACAAUUACUUUCUAUGCAUGAAGUUCUCAAAUAUCUUUUGAAAAGUAACAAGUUACUUUUUGAUGAGAAAUCUUUAAAUCAUAUAAAAAAUAUGCCUAUGCAUGAAUGGCAAGAUAUAGUAGAUGAAUAUAAAGGUAUGAUUGUUACGAACCCUUUAACUAAGCCAUAUUCAAUACGUGUUGAUCAAUUAGAUAGAGAAAUUGGUAAUGAGACAACUGAAAAAACAGAAAAUGAUGGUUAUCCAGUGUUAGUACAUUUUGGUAUUAGACCCCCUCAACUUAGUUACGCCGGUAACCCAGAUUAUCAAAAAGGUUGGCGUGAUUAUGUAAAAUUUAGACAUCUCUUAGCAAAUAUGCCUAAACCAUCACCGGAAGAUAAAAGAAAACUAGAAAUCAAAGAAAGAGACCUACAAGAAAUGAGAUCUCAUAAUAAAAUGAAACGUGGAGUAACUGCUGCGGUUUCUAGUAAAGGAUUUUACAAAACUGGACUCAUGUGUGAUAUUGUUCAACAUGCUAUGCUUUUACCUGUACUAGUGUGUCAUUUUAGAUUCCAUAAAUCUCUAGAAUAUCUUGAAGAAACAAUAGAAUAUAAAUUCAAAAAUAAAUAUUUACUUCAGCUUGCAUUAACUCACCCUUCAUACCGAGAAAACUUUGGUACUAAUCCUGAUCAUGCAAGAAAUACUCUUACAAAUUGUGGUAUAAGACAACCAGAAUACGGAGAUAGACGAAUUCAUUACAUGAAUACAAGAAAAAGAGGAAUAAAUACAUUAAUUAAUAUUAUGUCACGUUUUGGUAAAAAAUCUGAAAUGGAAUCAAAUAUAAUGCAUAAUGAACGUUUAGAAUUUUUGGGAGACGCUGUGGUUGAAUUUGUUUCUUCUAUUCAUUUAUUUAAUAUGUUUCCAGACAUUGAAGAAGGAGGAUUAGCAACAUUUCGAGCAGCUAUUGUGCAAAAUCAACAUCUUGCUGUUUUAGCAAAGACAUUGAAAUUAGAUGAUUUUAUGUUGUAUGCUCAUGGUUCAGACUUGUGCCAUGAAUCAGAACUUAAACAUGCAAUGGCUAAUUGCUUCGAAGCUUUAAUGGGAGCGCUAUUUUUAGAUGGAGGUAUAGAAGUAGCUGAUCGUGUAUUUGGUAAAACGUUCUAUAAGGAUUCACCUGAAUUACUUGAUAUUUGGGUGAAUUAUCCUAAACAUCCUUUGCAAGAACAAGAACCUGACGGUGAUCGUAAAUGGAUUAAAACAUUACCAUUACUUCAAAAACUAACCAAAUUUGAAGAUUCUAUUGGCAUUAAGUUUAAUCAUAUAAGACUUUUAGCUAGAGCAUUUACUGACAGAAGUGUUGGAUUUACAAACUUAACUCUUGGUUCAAAUCAAAGACUCGAAUUUCUCGGGGAUACUGUUUUACAAUUAAUAGCAUCAGACUAUUUAUAUAAAUAUUUUCCUGAACAUCAUGAAGGUCACUUGUCUUUACUUCGUAGUUCUUUAGUAAAUAAUAGAACUCAAUCUGUUGUAUGUGAUGAUUUAGGUAUGGUAAAUUAUGCACUUUAUGCUAAUCCAAAGGCAGAAUUGAAAACCAAAGAUAGAGCUGAUUUAUUAGAAGCAUUUCUUGGUGCGUUAUACAUUGACAAAGGGCUUAAACACUGUCAAGUUUUUUGUAAUGUAUGUUUCUUUCCUCGUUUGCACGAUUUUAUUUUGAAACAAGAUUGGAAUGACCCAAAAUCUAAAUUACAACAAUGUUGUUUAACUUUGAGAUCAGUUGAUGGAGGUGAACCAGAUAUACCUGUAUAUAAAGUAAUAGAGUGCAUGGGACCAACUAAUGGUCGAAAAUAUACAGUAGCUGUGUACUUUAAAGGUGUAAGGUUAUCUCAAGCAAACGGUCAUAGCAUUCAACGAGCUGAAAUGAAUGCUGCCAAUAGUGCUUUACAAGUAUCCAAAGAUCUCUUUCCACAACUUGAUCAUCAGAGACGAGCAAUAUCAAGAAGUCUACGUCAUCAAUGUUCAGAUGGGCAAGCAAAUAUUGUUGACAUCAUGAAGUUGUUAGAAUCAAAUCCUUCAAAAUUUGAAUCGAACCUAAGUACAUUAGAUUUAGCCAAAAGAAAACUUCAUAGAAAACUGUUAGCUGUAUUAUUUAAGACCAAUGAGGAACCAGAUUUUGAUGAACCUUGUAAAAACAAAAAACAGAAAACAAAAUAAAAAAUUGUUAUCCAACUUUAUAUUAAACAUUAUUAUUUAGUAUAUGAAUAUUUUAUACACCUGAAUAAGAAACUCAAUGAUUAUACCCAUUAUACUUGUAUUAAUUAUACUAUGAUUUAUUUUGAAUUGGGUUGUAUACAAUUUUAGUCUCAAACAAUAUAAUGCUUAUUGUGUA